ACAUUGAAGACUGGUGAUGGCCCCUUAGUUACUGAACUAGACGUGCAUAUCACAUGUGACGACAGAGAUUCAAGGUUACACAGAACCUGGAUUUAGAAGUCCUUUAUUUCGCCUGAAGGUGCUUCCUUAAAAAAAUUUCGCGAAGCACGCGUUGUUUAACCUGACCUAAGAAUUAAUUGCUGGCCUUCAAAUUAUUCUUUUAGCUCCUACUUUGGAAAAAAAGGCGAAAAAAAAUCUUCGUAUCGUUUCCCUCAUUCCAUGCACAGAGAUCUGAAAUAAACAUUAUCAUAUUAGUAUGUACUGUUCUGGAAAAGUCUUCAGCUUGGCAUUAGGAAGGGCAUCAGGCCAUAAAAAUUCUGUCAAAGCUGACUCUGGAGCUUGAUGUAGUCCUAUGGCUCGCCAGCUCCUGUCAAGUCGUCCAACUCAUGCCAGCAUGGAAAACUGACGUUAAUUGAUGGCCGUAGUGAUACCCAGAGAAUUCUGACAAUGGUAAUGAACAAAUCUUUUAUGUUGGUUCUGACAGUGCCGGAGCCUGUGGCUCAGCUGGCCUGAUGACGUCUGACCGAGGAAAUAGUGGUGGAGCUGAGCUGCAACUUGCACCAUCUUCGGUCACUCAGAAGAGCGCUGGAUUAAACCCUAAUGCAACUGUGUUUUUAAGUAAACAACAGGACAUUCAUCAGUGGGAUGAUAUUAGUACUGACGGAAACUUCCACUUUGCAAAUGGUGACAUAAACAAGCUAGAGACUGGUGGUGGGUUAUUCUCUACAGUCGCUACUGCAGCUGAAUCCCCACUACAAGCUACAUCUGCAGAGUUUACAGCCACACCCGGAACACUGACAACCUCACCUACAGUGCCAGCAGCAGAUCAGAGUAGUAAUUCUGGUUCUGCAGCUGCUAGUAGUGGGACAAUAAUUGGGACCACUGGAAUUGCAGCAACCAGUAAUCCAAUUAUAUAUUCUACAACUGAAACUGUUGCCUUGCAAGAUGACAGUAAGACUCAGCUUGAUGGGACUCUGUCUGAAGAGCAGAUCCGUCGGUUGCUCAAGACACAAUUGGAGUACUAUUUCUCAAGAGAAAACUUGACAUCUGAUACAUAUUUAAUGUCACAAAUGGAUGCUGACCAGUAUGUGGCUAUAUCGGCUGUUGCAAAUUUCAGUCAGGUUCAGCGAUUGACAAAUAAUCACGACCUGGUUGUGGAUGUUCUUCGAGAGUGUCAGAAUGUACAAGUUGAUGAUAAAGGUGAAAAGGUGCGGCCUAAUCACAACAGAUGUAUUGUGAUACUACGUGAAAUUCCAGCAUCUACUCCCGUUCAAGAUGUUGAAACUCUAUUUUCCGGUAGCAAUUGCCCCAAAUUCGUUAGCUGUGAAUUUGCGCACAAUGAUAAUUGGUAUGUGACUUUUGACUCUGAUGAAGAUGCUCAAAGAGCCUACCAGUAUCUACGUGAAGAAGUAAAGUCUUUUCUUGGAAAACCAAUAAUGGCUCGAAUAAAAGCUAAACCCUUAAUACGGUCAACAUAUGUACCGAGAAAUGGGUUAAAACCGCAGUUUGAACAGCAAGCUUACAAUUCAACACAAAGAUAUGCUGCAUAUGUACCAAAUAUAAAUUUUCAGCAAUUAUAUUAUCCUGUCAUGCCUUCUUGGCCACCAGCUGGUCACACCAUAAUGGAUCCUAGCAUGGUAUUUGCAAUGAAUGGAUACCAAGCAACAGGUGUCAAACUAAACACUCCUGGUAGACAUCAAUUUCCAAAUAUGCGUGUUGGUCGUACUGCAAAGCCAAAUCGUCUUAAUCAAGAGAGAGCCAGUAGCGAUAGUCGGUUACCUCAUGAUCGUCACCAGAAUCCAAAUGCUCAUCGGUCCAGUCCAAGGAGUACAGAAAAUACCCAUGUGACACCACCUUUGUUUCCCAACCGGAAAGGUGUUGACAAUUAUCACAGUCAUGCAACCCACCAUCAUCAUUCUAGCACAACCGGGGGUAGUGCUACAACUACUACUACUACUACUCACUCAUCUACCAAUGUAGACUCCAGUUCUUCAAUGCCUAUCAGCCACUUAUCAGAUUCUAGUAAAGAUUCUACAGCCCCACAACCACAGAGGAAAAUUUAUAAAAACCGGAGAAAAAGAGAGGACGAUAAUUCUAAAUUAUCUCGCCAGACCUCAUCUCAAUUAUCUACCAAUAACAAAUUUACCGAGCCAUUAUUUGAAUUUGAGUCUAAUUCGUUCCCGCCAUUACCAGGAUCACAAAAUAAUGCAGCAUCAGGAGAAAAAUUUGAGAAUAAAUUGUCAGAUGUAGUGCGGGGUACUGCUAAGCCAUUGGUUAAAGAAUCUGUGAUCACUGCUCCUAUGGUGACUGCCACAUCUUCCCCUGGUACCACCAAUACCAAUAAUGCAGUUGUUGUAUCUUCACUGAAUACUGUUGCAGAAGUAGCUAUUUCAAGCCAGCUUCCAGCACAAUCACCGGUAAACAAAGAUACACCUUCUGCAGUUGCAGCUCCUCUGUUGACACCAGCUACUGCUGUCAGCUGCACUACUACUCUGACUGUUGCUCCAGCUGUCACCCCAACAUUGCCAUUAAGUGCUUCAGUCUCAACUCCAUCAACCUGUAUUUCAACACCUCCUGUACCUGCCGCUAUUAGCCAGCCUAUUGCUCCAACAAAAAUAACUUCUUCAAAUGCAAGUGCAGCCACUAAGCUAAAUACUGGAAUUUAUGCAGACAAUGCAAAGUCUUCAGAGCCUCAUGCAAAUUCUCUCAUGCAAUCAGCUGGAGGUGCUCCACAUCUAUCUGCUACUGCUGCCUCCACAACUCUUACGACUGCUGUUACUGCAAAUCUGAAAGAAUCUAGCAUUGGAGCUGUUCCUCCCACUCUGCCAGCCCACAAUAAUGCCCCCAGCAACACGCCUCCAUGUUUGCCGCCGUCGUCUUUACCGUCAACAUCAUUAAGCCAUAGUGUAGCAGUUUCAUCUCAGCAGGGUCACCAUAGAGCUGCACAGUCUUCUACUCUACCUGUUAUGACCACUAGUGCACCUGCUACCUCUUCUGGUUCUCCUAGUGCAGGGAGUGUGGCUAGUGCCACAGUAAUUGCUACAAAUACACAAACUACAAAGCUUGUAUCUACUGAGGAAAAGUCGACAUCAAGAUUGAGUUAUGCACAGAUGGUUGCACGGAAACGUGAACCUAGUUCAGAAGUUGCUACUACGUCCAUUGGAUCUUCAGACAAGAACACAAGUUGUGUAUCUCAAGUGUCACAUCAAAUGUCACAACAGCAAUCCCCUAAUGACUCUGUUUGUAAAACAACAAACAAUAAUCUUAUGCAACAAACUGGUUCUGCAGGAACACUCCGUAGUCAAGCCCUUAAAGAACAAUCUCAAGCCUCUGCUCAUUCACAGCUUUCACCUAAAGAACUCUUGCGUAAAGACUUGGAACCAAAGGAGCAGCGAUUCUUUCCCGGAAGAAGGCCAGCAAAAGAGAACCGUGAACGCCAGAGGAGAAAAACAGACCGAGAGAGGACUUCAAAAUGAUAUUAGUGUUAAACAAGAUUCAGUUGAUUGCCCUUUCUCAGUAUAUAACCCUACUUCUUUCCAGUUCCUAAUCCAGUUACAGUUGAAAUGUUUUAUCUCUCUUGAGAGAUAUGUUUAUUUUAUUCUUUUAUUUACAGAGCUAUCUGCCUGUCUAUUUCUUUAGCCUCAACAUCCUUGUCCUUAUUAUUCCUGAAGAUUUCCAAUUUACUUGGUCCAGGUUCCUGGAAAUUAAACUGCUGGAUCAAUGGAGUAGUGAGAUGGUUUAAAACUUCUAGUUUCUCUGUGGAUACAUUAACUAUAGAAUAAUGAGUCAAUGAUAUUUCAUUUUAAAUAUCUGUUAAAUGAUAAGAAAAAAAAGGAAGGCUGUUUAUAUAUAUAUAUAUAUAUAUAUAUAUAUAUAUGUUUGUCUGAAAUAGACAAAAAGAACAUGCUUUUGAUUAUGGACUUAUGGCAUGAAAUACAAAUCUUGGAUUCGGAUGCCCUUUUAAAGUAAUUCUGGUUAUUGCAGUCCUGUUUCUUUUAUGGCUGGCUGUCAAUGCUUGUUGCCUUUCUCUUCCUACUUUCUUCCCUACCCCCAUCUAGCUAUUAGAAUGGCAUCCAAGUUCUUUGCCGUAACCAUUUAUUCUUUGCUGGUUACACAGUAUCUCUAUCAGCAGCCAGAAGUUAUAAAAACAAAGUACAAAAACAGAUCUGCAAUGCAGGACUUCUUCACUAAACAUUGUAUAGGAUUAAAGGAUGAGCCAUAUUUACUUGAUGACUAUUGGAGUGGCUUUAAUAUUAUUCUUUUUCAAAGGAAACCAAUGUUAUCUAUUGACAAUGUAUUGCCUCUCAAUCCCAGUUUCAUCAUUGAUGCUUUAAAGGCAAGGAGUUUUUUUUUUAACUUUUUUUUUUAGAAUGAUUCUUGAAAAUAUUGUGUUAAGAAAAACCCUCUUCUCACAUCACUUUUUUAUGCACUUAAUGUGAAAUACAUGUGCAUACAUAUAUUUUUUUGUUCUGACAAUUGUUUUUCAAAAAUAAAACUGAAAAAAAAAUAUCACUAAAGUAACUGGAUCCAGUUGGCACCAACAAUAUUUGUGGCGGAGAAUUUCCUCAACUGUUUUAGAAUUUAAGGACAAAAAAAUGUCUAUAGAUUGGGCUGUGGCUAAAGUACCGACUGUCUGCAAAUUUUAAGAACUAGAGGUGAAUUGGUACAGGUCUUUCCAUUUGUACAUUUACAAUUGAUAUUUGAACAAUAAUCCUCCCUUCCUACUUUAUCUCUAAAUUCCCCUUUACUCCUUUCAUGUCACCCAGCCAACAAAGACCUGCUUUCAUCCAAGGCUAAAAAUUUAGAAAUCAAACAAAAACUAGAAAGUAAUAUAAAAUGAUAUCCUCUUGGCAUCUCUGGAUGAGUACCUCACCUGUAUUAUUACUAUGUGAUAGAUCUCGCAAAUGUAUGCUUGUGCUGUGGAGUUCAGAGAAACCUGUUAUAAUAGGUUUUUAACAACAAAUUUAGUCCUAUUUGAGGUAAAAAGGAAAGAGAACAAAGUGUGACUAAAUUUUUUUGAUUGUUAGUUGAAACAUCUUUUUUUGAAAGGUGGGUUUAUGAAUAUGCUUAUUUAAUUUUAAAAAAGGGAAAAUAAAAAGAAAAAUAUUUUUGCUAUUGUGCUUGGCCUAUGAAAAAAAUUAUUUGAUUUAUUGAGGUUAAUUUCUAUAAUUUUUUUUUUCUUUGAGUUUAUUUAAUUUAUACCCAACAUAAACUAGUUAGCAUCUACAUUCAUAGAUGUUGCAUUAGAAAUAUGAAAAAUAACUUUAAAACAUAGUGCAGUUUUUAAGUUAGAUUUCAUAAGUUGAAAGAGCAUUUUGUUAGUAGUUGUACUAGUAGCAAUAUUUUUCUUUCCAUAUUGUUUUGUUCCCUGCUCCCUCACUCCCAAUUAUGUUUACUGCAUAUCAAAAUGCAUAGCCAGAUCAACCCUGAUAUUAAUGGCUUCACAGCCAUGACUACAUGUCUUUUUAGGGGCAGGACCACAUUUAUCCAGUGUCUUUUGCUUUCCCCAAGGCAGUGGGGUGUGAUUUGAGGGAGAAUUGGCUGCUAUUUCAGCAAUUUAAGCAGCCAUAUUGAGACUCAGCCUCUCCAGGGUACUUUAGUUAGGUAUAUCACUACAUUUUCCAGAUUCCAAAAUUACCAAAACAAAAAAAAUCCAAACAAACAAAAAACCCCGAAUAUCUUCACUUUACUCACC